AUGUGGUCCAGAAUUUGCGUGCUGGCCGUCUGUGUGGCUCACGUUUGGUCUAAACUUAGAGUUGACCCUCUCGUGCAGACGAAGUCAGGUUUGAUAAGGGGUUUGAGAGCUGAUGAUGGACAUUACUCCAUGUUUCUUGGGAUACCAUACGCAGAAAUCAACGUAAAUGAUCCGUUCGGGCCGGCUUCAUCAGACCUGGUAUUCGAUGGUGUCUUUGAGGCAACAGACGACAGCACAGUUUGCCCACAAGUUGACGAGAACACGCAGCAAGCGAAAGGAUCCCUUGACUGUCUCCGCAUGAACAUCUUCGUACCGGAAGUCGCGUCAUCACGCAAUAAAUUACCGGUUAUAGUUUAUAUACACGGCGGCUAUUUCCUCCACGGUUCCGGUUCACGUGCCGGUUACGGGCCAAAGUUUCUUGUGAGGCAUGACGUCAUUCUUAUCACAUUAAACUACAGAGUCAACCUGUACGGUUUCCUAUGCCUCGGAACGCCCGAGGUGCCCGGCAACCAGGGCCUCAAGGACCAGGUGUUGGCGCUGAGAUGGAUAAGACAAAAUAUAGAAGCUUUCGGCGGUGAUAAGGAGCAAAUAACACUGAUGGGGGAGAGCGCCGGAAGCGCUGCUGUAGAAUUUCACCUCAUGUCCCAACAGGAGAAGCUAUUCGACAAGGCGAUAUUACAGAGCGGAUCCAACCUCAAACCUGGUGGUCUUAUGGAAGUGGACACGACGCCAGCCCUGAGAGUCGCGGCAAGACUUGGUUUUGAAACAAACGACGUCACAAAAGCAAUGAACUUCCUUAAACAGAUCGAUCCGCAUACAAUUGUGAAAACAGCGAUCGAUCUCGACAUAAAGCUGCGAGGCUGCGUGGAAAGAGAGAUCGAUCACGUCGAACCAAUAAUAACUGAACAUUUCCUGAACAUUGACAUGCCGAAGUUGAGGAACACGCCGAUUCUUGCUGGGUUUAAUACAAGGGAAGGUUUGGGCAUGAACAAGAACGAAGAGGACGCCCACUACAUGCACCCGGACUACUUUGAGGACAACUUGAAGCUGGCGUUCCAUCAGGACGAGGACUUCGACGAUAUGAUUGAUAUCGUACGUAAUUUCUACGUUGGGGAUGAAGAUCUCAAUGAGGAGGUUAGGAACAGUAUCAUUGACUUCGAAGGCGAUUACUAUUACGGAUAUCCGGUACAGGAGAGUCUGAAGAUAUACGUCCAGCGUGGGGCGCUUCGUGUGUACCAGUAUCUGUUUUCUUACGACGGUGACAGAAACUUGGUUAAGAGGAUGAAUAAUAUCACAACCUACGGCGCGUCCCAUGCUGAUGAGUUAGGCUACUUGUUCGAUCCGAUGUUUAUAACAGAGACCCCGUCAGCCGACGAUCAGCUCGUCAUAGAUCGGAUGACGAAACUGUGGACUAAUUUCGCCAAAUACGGAGAUCCUACACCCGAGGUAACCGAUUUGCUGCCGGUCCAAUGGACACCAAUAUCCGCAGACAAAUACAAUUAUUUGGAUAUAGACAAAGAAUUCGCUAUUAGAAGCCGUCCUUUCAAACAGCGACUGACAUUCUGGGAGCUGUUCUACAAAGCAAAUAUGAAAAAGGUCCGCGGAUAUAAAGCAAAAUAAUACAAAAACGACACACAGUGACGUCGGUAUGAUAGUAACUUUUGUAUCGCAAUUGAAGUUUUUUAAGAAGCCCGUCUCAUAUCAUCUGUUUGAAGCCGUCCAUCAGAUCUUUGGGUGAAAAAAGUAUAGUCUUCUGGUAAGA